AUGCCCGCGCUGAAGCUCAAUAACCAGCAUCUGGUGAAGAUUGCAACCGCCAGCGAGGCACAGGUCAAGAUCCCCAACUACCGCCGCGGUGAUGCCGUCAAGGAGGGCAUCGUCCACGUUGGAGUCGGUGGUUUCCACCGCGCCCAUCUCGCGGUCUAUGUCGACCGGCUGAUGCAGGAGCAUGGGGUGAUUGACUAUGCCAUUUGUGGUGUGGGCCUGCAGCAUUCUGACGCCAACAUGCAUGACGCCCUGGGCUCCCAGGAUCACCUCUAUACUGUCAUCGAGCGGUCCGCCAAGGGCAGCUUCGCCAAUGUUGUGGGCAGCAUUAACUCCUAUCUCUUCGCUCCUGACGACCGCGACGCUGUUAUCGCUAAGAUGGCUCACCCCGACACUCAUAUCGUCUCACUUACCAUCACCGAGAGCGGUUACUACUAUAACGAGAACACCCACGAGCUGCAGAGCCCCCGUACCACAUUCGGUUUCCUCUACGCUGCUCUCUCCCGUCGCUACCAACAAGGCCUGCGCCCCUUCACUGUUAUGUCCUGUGAUAACAUGCAGAAGAACGGCUCUAUCACCCGAAAAAUGCUAGAGUCCUUUGCCCGCCUGCGAAACCCGGAUCUGGCCGCCUGGAUCACCGAGAAAGGCGCCUUCCCUAACGCUAUGGUCGACCGUAUCACCCCACAGACCUCCGCUAAGGACAAGACUGUCCUCGCUGAGAACUUCGGCAUUGAGGACGCUUGGCCCGUUGUCUCUGAGCCCUUUAUGCAGUGGGUUAUUGAGGACCAGUUCGCUGAUGGUCGCCCGCCUUUUGAGCGCGUAGGAGUUCAGGUCGUCAAGAAUGGGCACGACGUCGAGGAGUUCGAGAAGCACAAGCUGCGCCUGCUUAACGGCAGCCACUCCGCGAUUGGAUAUCCGGGCCAGCUGGCGGGCUUUCAGUACGUCCAUGAGGUGAUGCAGCACCCGGUCUUCUCCAAGUUCGUAUGGCAGAUGAUGCAGGAGGAGGUAAAGCCGUUGCUGCCCGAGAUCCCUGGCAUCAACAUCGAUGAGUACUGCCAUACCCUCAUCCAGCGCUUCUCGAAUCCUGCUAUCAUGGACCAGCUGCCGCGUAUCUGCCUCAGCGCGUCCGGCAAGAUUCCGCAGUUCAUUAUGCCCUCUAUCGCCGAGGCCAUCUGGGUUGGCGGUCCCUUUCGCCGCCUUUGCUUCGUCGCAGCCGCCUGGUUCCACUACAUUAACGGCGUGGACGACACUGGCACGCCGUUCACCGUCGAUGAUCCCAUGCUAGAGGAGCUUCAGGCCAAGGCCCGGAAUGGCGGAUCUGACCCCACGGAACUACUGACCAUCGAAAGGCUGUUCGGUGACGAUCUGCGGGGCGAUCUGCGGUUUGUCCAGGAGAUGAAGGAGGCGAUGGUGCAAAUUGCUCGCGAAGGCGUCCUCAAGACGCUGCCCAAGUACGUUUCCUAA